AUGUCACAUUUAGUUAGUGAUACUAAAUUAGUAAAGUUUUAUUACAGACAUUACAAGUUAGGAACACAGGAUUUUUGUAGAGAGUAUGGUGGUGAUGUUAAUGGUUUGAACAAAUUCUUAAAUGGCAACUAUGAAUCUCACUCUGCUAGAGACUCAUUAAAGUCAUUUUGGGAAAAGAUGAACACCAAUCAAAUGAUGAAAUCACAGAACGAGGAUGACGACGACGACAACGAUUUUAAUAAUACAUUUGCAGAUAACAAUUUAUUGUCACCAGGUAGAGGCUCGUCAUCCACAACUUCGUCCUCAAAUAACUCAAAUAUAACUGGAAAUAGAUCAUUUUCAUCAUUGGCAGAAGCUACAGCACAACAACAACAACAAUCUAGUGGUGGUCCUAAAAAUGAAUCUCGUCGUGUUAGAAGUCUUUUAAAAAAUUAUUAUGGUACUGGUGAUGGUUCCGAUCCAUCUGCCAACGACCCAUUAAAUAUCGAUGGCCCAUCAUUUAAUUUAGACUCUUAUUUCAGUAGUAUCGUAAAAUCAAGUUCACUUGGUCAGCUCAUUCAAAAAGAUAAUCAAAUGGUCAGCGAAAUUCGUACUUUAGAUGGUGAUAUGAAGACUUUAGUUUAUGAUAAUUAUACCAAAUUUAUUAAUGCAACCGAUAUUAUCAAAAAAAUGAAAACAAAUGUUGAAAAUAUGGAAGAGGGUAUGGAGUUAUUAUCAAAAAAUAUGGAAUUGAUUACAAACUGUUCUGAAAAAAUUAAUUCAACUUUAUCUGUAAGAAGAGAUAGAAUCGACCAAUUAAGUGGUUUACAAAAACUAUUACAAAAGUUACAAUUUUUAACAGCAUUACCAUCAAGUUUAAAUCAUUGUUUAGCAAUGCAGGCAUAUAAUCAAGCAGUUAAAUAUUAUAAUAGUAACAGUGGUAUUUUAAAGCAAUAUAGUCACAUCCCAUCAUUUCAAAAUAUUCAAAAUGAAUGUGAUGCAAUUAUGAAAACUAUGAAGGAAAAACUUUAUGAAAGACUAUCAAGUUUAUCUACAUCACAAACAGACGCAGUUGAAUCAGCAGAAGUUUUAAUGGAUUUAUUAGAACCAGUUGAAUUGGUUAGAUCAAAAUAUUUAGAAAGUAGAAAACAUCAUACAUUAUCACUUUUAAAUAAUUUAGAAAAUAAACAAGUUGAAAAUAUUACCAAUUUUAUAAAAGAACUAAAUUCAAGUUUCCUUUCAGAGUACUCAUAUAAUAUUGCAUCAUUCAAAUCAUUAUUUAUUAAUAGAUUGGAUGGAAGUGACUCUAAAAAAGAAAGACAAAACUCAUUUAAUGAAUUAGAAGAUUUCUCAAAAGAUUUAUUUAACAAAUAUCUUCAAAUUGCCAAAUCUAAAUUAUCAUCAUUCAAAGAUCCAAAAGAAAAAAUCAUUGCAUUAGAAAUUAUUUAUUCUGAUGUCUCGAAAUUAGGUUCAGAGUUAUCAUCAUCAGAAAAGAUUAUAAAUAUUAUCAAUUCUACAGUACAUGACCAAAUUGAUUUCUAUUUUGAAUCACUUCAAAAGACAAUCAAAGAACAUAUCUAUAAAUUAAAUGCAACAUUAAAUCAAAAGAAAGAUGAAGCUUUAGAGGGAUCAUUCUUACAAGAGAUUUCAGACAACACAUCCAAAGACAUCAUCAACGAUAUCAUUGAAUUGUUUGAUAAUUUGAAGCCAUUCUUUUUACCAACCGAAACCAAAUUCUUAUCAACCAGUUAUGACACAAUGUUCACUAAAAUUCAAGUUAAAUCUCAACAAUUCUUUUUGUUUUUAGUAAACAUCCACUUUUUAGAGUAUUUAGAUAUCAUUAACUCAACACCAAACCGUGAACAAUUUGGUAGUCGUUUCCUCUUGGUUCUAACAUCAAUAUGUCUUUAUAUCGAAUCAAAAGGUAUUACCCAAGUAGUUCAAACUAUGAAUGACUUUGUAUCAAUCGUUAAACAAGGUACCAGAAAAGAAUUAAAUGUAUUUGGUUUCAAUGCCCCAGAUCUUUGUAAGAGAAUUAAAGAAACUGCUCAAGCAAUUUUAACUGUAUUCACUCGUCUCUCUAGUCAAAAACUCGAAAAAAUUUUAAAGAAAGGUUUAGAAUCAAUUCCAAAUUGGUUAGUAUUAAAAGAACCAAGAGAUGUUAGAUCUGUAAUCGAUAUUUAUUUAGAAGAGAUUAUUAAACUUCAAAAUGAAAUUUCAAAAUUACUUCCAAUGGGUUCUGUUGCCUCAAGUGGUUCAAAUAUUUCUGUUAAAUCUCAUAGUAGAACUGGUUCAAAUAAUGGUAAUAGUGGUAAUAAUAGUAACACUAAUACACCAGAUAAUAUUAGAAGAAAUUCAUCAAGCACAACUACAAAUAUUCCUUCAAUUCUCUUUGAAAAGAAACAAGAACAAGUCGAUUUUAAUACCUAUAGUGUUUUAAUUUCAAUAAUUAGAAUCUCACUCAAAUCUUUUGUUGAAUCUUUAAGAUUAAAAACUUUUGGCACAAAUGGAUAUCAUCAAAUUCAAAUCGAUUUACAAUUUUUAAGAUUAUCAUUAUAUGAUAUCUUUGGAAGAAAUAAUACAACAUUUGAUAAUUUAUUACAAGACUGCGAAAAUACCAUAGCCGAAAGAUGCACUGAUCCAUUACCAUUACAAAAACCUAUUAUAACCAAAAUUGUUGAAACUAAAAUGAAUAAAAAGAAGAAUAUUGUAAAUGAAUAA